UGUUUGAUUAGAUUAUUACAGAUUAUAGAUUCUUUCGUUUAAAAAUUCAAGACCCAAGUUGAAACUUUCAAUUUUAAAAUGAAUACUAUUGAUAGUUAAUUAUUUUAAUACCUAUGACGUCAAAAAAUCUGAAACUUAUAAAAGGUUCGUAAUAAACUUACUACACUUGCGCCGCCCAAAACAGUAGGUACCUACACAUCUUAAAUAUGCGAAUUACCUACCUUGUCCACUUGAUGUAAUUACGCAUAACAAGACACAACAAGAUCAUAAUAUCGUAAUAUUAACAACAUGGACAAAAACGAUGCUGAUGUGGGACGCGAGACAACCGUGCACUGGUUCCGGAAAGGUAUGCGUCUGCACGACAACCCCGCGUUCAAGUUAUCGUGUGAAGCGAAGAACAGUAACGGUGAGCGUUACAAGCUCAGGCCCAUUUACAUACUGGACCCUUAUUUCCGCAAAUACAUACGGGCGGGUGCGAAUCGCUGGAGGUUCUUGCAACAGAGUCUCGUGGACUUGGACACUACGCUCCGGAAACUGGGUACGCGACUGUACGUUAUCAGAGGGUUGCCACACGAAGUCUUUCCAGACUUGUUUGCCAAAUGGAAUGUAAAACUGUUGACUUUCGAGUUAGACACCGAGCCGUAUGCUCGCGAGAGAGACAAUCAAGUGGAACAACUGGCCAGAAAACAUGGUGUUAAAGUAGAACAAAAGGUCUCUCACACUAUUUAUAACACUGAACUUGUACUCAGGGCAAAUGGAGGCAGCGUUCCAAUGACUUAUCAGAAAUUUGUAUCUGUUGUCGGCUCGAUGCCAACUCCUCGUCGACCAAUACCUGCACCAGAUAUGUUGCCUUCUGAGUGUCUACUUGAUGAUGACUUAAACAACCCAGAGUUUGAUGUGCCGACUCUGGACGAAUUGUUAACAUUAAAGGGUUUCAACCCUGCAGAACUUAAACCGUGUUUGUAUCCUGGUGGAGAAAAAGAAGCUCUCAGGCGUUUGGAAGAAUAUAUGAAAAACAAGACAUGGGUAUGUAAAUUUGAAAAACCAAAUACAUCACCGAAUAGCCUAAAGCCCAGCACUACUGUACUAAGUCCGUACAUGAAAUUUGGGUGUUUAUCGGCUAGUCAUUUUUAUUACAGAUUAAAAGAAGUUAUCGGUAAUAGCCCUCAUUCUAAACCUCCUGUAUCUCUGAUUGGUCAGUUGUAUUGGAGAGAGUUUUAUUAUACUGUUGGUGCUUCAACUCCCAAUUUUGAUAAAAUGGUUGGCAAUUCAAUUUGCUGUCAGGUACCAUGGGACAACAACCCUGAUGCGCUAGAAGCCUGGACAAAUGGUAAGACAGGAUAUCCAUUCAUUGAUGCCAUCAUGAGACAGCUGAGAGAUGAAGGUUGGAUACACCAUUUAGCCAGACAUGCUGUUGCAUGUUUUUUAACCCGAGGAGACCUAUGGAUAUCUUGGGAAAAGGGUUUAGCUGUAUUUGAAGAAUUAUUGCUUGAUGCUGAUUGGUCAAUGAACGCUGGGAAUUGGAUGUGGUUGUCAGCGUCAGCUUUUUUCCAUCAAUUUUUUAGAGUCUACAGUCCAGUUGCAUUUGGUAAGAAGACUGAUAAAAGUGGUGAUUACAUCAGAAAAUAUAUCCCAGAAUUGGCCAAAUAUCCAGAUCAGUAUAUAUAUGAACCAUGGUCGGCACCGAAGUCCAUUCAAGAAAGAGCUGGUUGUGUAGUUGGAGUGCAUUAUCCAAAACGAGUGGUAGUGCACGAAGAUGUAUACAAAAAUAAUAUUGCAAAAAUGUCAUUGGCUUAUAAGAGUACCAAAGCUGGCAAGAGUUCCAAUACUAAAAAAUCUAGAGAUAUGUCAACAUCCCCCGAUAAGAAAAAUAUAAAAAAACCUAAAUUAAAAUGAUUGUUAUGUUGUUCAGUUACCCAAUUUGUUUUGGAUAAAUAAUUGCUCAUGUGAUCUUCAGUAUUUUAACCACUUUUUGAAUUAUAUUUUUGUUAUAGGUACUGUACGUCAACUCUGAAAUGUAUACUAUUAUUUUCAAUAUUUGUCAUGUAUUUACUAUUUUUUUA